UCGAAGGCCCACCAUUUGCAUCGUUAUUAUUAUUAUUAUUAUUGUUAAUAUUCUUGUUCAUCACUGAGGUGGCCUCUAAAUAACAGCGCCUCUCACUUUGUCCGUGGUUUUUCGGAGCUAAGGAGAAGCGAGGUGACGCGACAUGACGAGCUCUGCAGAGAGCAGGCGAGCGGUGGUGGCGGCAGCAGCUGGGGCUAAGACGGUGAGGCCAUGCGACUCCUGUGGCAAGGGCCGUGCGCGAUGGUACUGUGCGGCUGAUGAUGCUUUCCUUUGCCAUGCUUGUGAUGGCACCAUCCAUUCUGCAAACUCAGUGGCUCGGCGCCACGACCGCGUCCGCCUCAAGACUUCAUCUUCACAUAGGUGUGAGUUUGUACUGCCAUCGUGGCAGCGGGGAAAGGCUAGGAGCAUGCGGCCACACCCGAACAUGAAGAACCCGAUCGAUGGUGCUAAGCCGCAUGCCAACCCUUUAGUAGUGCCACAGAUGCAAGAGGAGUCAUCGCCUGAUGAAGUCGACGAGCAGCUCCUGUAUCAGGUUCCGGUGUUCGAGCCCAUGGCAGCUGAUCUUCGUUCUUCUCCGGCUCGUGCAACUCCGGCUGAUUGCAAGCCAACGAUUGAUACUCCUGCUGAAAUGGCUGUUGCCAAGUUUUCUGCGAUACCGUCAUUGGAUAUGGACCUGGCCGACUUUGCAGCCGAUGUGGAGAGCUUGUUGGGGCAGGGGCUUGAUGAGGAUGCCUUUGGCAUUGAAGGGCUGGGGUUGCUAGAUAACUAUAGGGAAGAGGAGGAGGGUGUGGCGUCCAGGGUAAAGGUUGAAGAAGAGGAGGAUGAAGAUGGGAUAUUUGGCUGCAGCCACCAUCCGGAUGUUGCAGAAGUGGAACUGUCGAGCGAGACCCUUGAGUUCAACUUCGACUACGAUACACCAACAACAGCUGGGGAAGACGAUGAAGAGAAGUGUAGGAUUGUGUUGGAGAAGAGCAUCAGCUUGAGGCUCGACUAUGAGGCAGUCAUCAGCGCAUGGGGUCGAUCUCCAUGGACAACUGGUCAGCGUCCCGAAUUCAACCCUGAUGAUUGCUGGCCAGACCCUUUCACUGGAAAUUGUGUGCCGGAGAUGAGCACUUAUUCAGAAGUUGGGAAUGCUACAGCCAGUGACGGGGGAAGGGAGGCGAGGGUGUCGAGGUACCGUGAGAAACGUCGAACCAGGCUCUUCUCGAAGAAGAUCCGUUAUGAAGUUCGAAAGCUCAACGCGGAGAAGAGGCCCAGGAUGAAGGGGCGCUUUGUGAAGAGGACCUCCUUCCCUCCAACGCCUUACCCUUUUUGAUGAUUCAACAACUCUAUUCAGAACUGACCACAACAUAUCACUUUCAUGUUCUCUGCUUAUAUGCCUAGCAUCCAUAAAUAAUUAAGGAAGACAAUCCUACAUACUGAAGUAUGUAGACUUCAAAUCUUCAACUUCAAGCAUCGCAUCUUAUUCCUUUGUACUAUUACUAUACUACUAGAAACUCACAUCAACUAACGCUCCUGUGAGAUUAUGUGUAGGACUUUGUGAGGAUCUGUAACAUUGCUCACUGAAGCAUGUAAUUCACUUCUUGUCAAAAGAAAAAAAAAAAAAAAAAAAAGAAAAAAAAAAAAACACAAAAGAAGCUUGUAAAUCCCUUCCCAUACAUAUAAUACUAAAUCUUAUAUUAAGAAGUC